UCUUUCUACCGCCAGCCAUGCUAUGGACGCUAGCGCGACGUGACCUAGCAAGCCUAAUCAAGCGGGCGAUACCCGCUUCGAAUACGCCUCCCUCAUUGUCGAAGAAUCCCGGUAACUUAUACGAGGUCCUCUCCCGGACACCACUAGGCGGUGUGGGCAGGCAUGUAUACCAGACACGGUGGACGAGCAAGAAGAUACCAGAUUGCUACUGGAAGGUCACCAAGACACAGUUCAAGUGCGAGGGAAAGCAUGGCAAAGCAUGGGGGUUGCUCUUCUGGAAGGGAAAACAGGUCAGCGAACAGCCGGAACGGAUAAGAGGUAGUCUGAAGUACUCAUGGAACGAGGGUCGCUCAGAGGGCAUAUGGGACUACGAAAAUCUAAAUACCAAGCCCACGAAAAAGGCUAAACCUAAAACUAACGCUAGUGGUUAUUGAUUUCAGAUCUAUGCGUGAUCCAGUGACAAGCGUAAAUGAAAGUAAUAUGCUUAAGAUGGGUUCAUAUACAUUCUCUGUUCAUAUUGUGAUACCACGGUAGGUGAGG